AUGAAGUCCUCAACGUGCGUCUUGCUGGCUUUGAGCCUCGUGGGUGGUUCGGUGGCCCUGGACCGAGUGACCUCAACAGUGGCCGGAGUUGCUGAAUACACAGGCCAGCCUGUGGAUGUCUAUGGUCCUCUUCCGACGCUCAUCUAUAAUUGCAACAAUAUGCCUUCAAUUUGCAAAAAUGUGCAAGAGUAUUUGGACGACAAUGGUCUUCAAAUGGGUGGCGGGUUGGACUUCCACUAUGACUCUGACGGAUCGAGUACGAAGAAACGUCGCAGACAAUCGUGCCCCGGCUCAUCGGCCUGGACGAACAGUCUACCCUUUCCAUGUGGCAGUGAUCCGGCACAGCCGAACGUUAUGCCAGGUAAUUUGCCUGCUCGUGUCGGACCUCUUGCGACCUGGUUGAACCCCGAGUUUGAGAUGGAGAUUCCGAAUCUCCUCGGAACCGGUCCCAGUGGAAUGAGAUACACCUGUGACGAGUUUCCCGCUGCAUCGUAUGUUCCUACCAUCAUCUCCCCAAUCGCUGCCGCUUCUGACAUGCUUUUCUCCAGCUGGAUUGAAGGAGGUGUGAAUGGUUUGCAGCCGUACACCAGUAUAUACUGCGCACCCAAGGCCGUAUCUUGUGAUUCCAAUGUUUGGGCCAAUGUCCUGCAGGGCAAUCCGAAUUAUCCCAACACUCAGAGUGAACAGGACUGGCAAGGCCGCGCGCACGCGUUACUUGGAAAUUACGCCAAAGCACGGAGCUCUUGGCAGAACCCGGUGAUGAAAUUCCACUUUACCACCACCGCAUUGGCAGCCGGUAGUGCUGCCACCGCGGCUCAGAUUGUGAUGCCCGCCUAUCCGGGCAAACCCGCUCAGACAGCAUCUUCCAACACCAAGCGUGACUCGAUGAAGAAGGUCGACGGUGGGUUCCACUGUACCGGCAAAUUCUGUGAGGAGCUGAAGGGUGCUGGCUUCGCUAUUGAUGCUCCACCACCCAGCGCCUCCUUUGAGUUGCACCGGGGGACCGGCGAUGUCACCCAUGCCGAUUCUCCACAUGCUACUUUGCAUAUUCUUACCGUCUAG